AUAACUGAACCUAAACUCUUCUACUUCUUCAUUGAAGCGUCAGUCGCGCUGUUUGUAACCUUUAUUAUAAAUCUUUUUGUUGUGGCGGUCUUUGCCCAUGGCAUGUAUGGUAAAACCAAUCAGGACGUGCUUGAUGUCUGCGUUAAUCAAAGCAUGUACGAGGAUGCGAAAGCUUCGUUUGCGGAUAAUAAUAAUAACACAGAUCUCAUUGAUGCUGAUAUCUACAAAGGUGGCCUAUUCUUGGGUUGCACUUUCGGCGCAGUGGCAAUGUAUAUUUGGGGUGUUGGCAUUUUGGCGGCAGGUCAGAGUUCCACCAUGACUGGCACAUAUGCGGGACAGUUUUCAAUGGAAGGGUUCUUGAAUCUGCAAUGGCCACGUUGGCGACGUGCACUUUUUACGCGGCUAAUUGCAGUUAUACCCACUUUUUGUUUGGCAUUAUUCACUCGCAUGGAGGACUUGACACAUCUCAAUGAUAUACUGAACGCUGUGAUGUCGUUGCAAUUGCCUUUUGCUGCUAUACCAACGAUAGCAUUCACCUCAUGUGCGGCCAUAAUGGGUGAAUUUGUGAAUGGAAUCACCAACAAGGUCAUCUCUAUACUUUUAACAAUAGUCGUGAUAACGGUUGUUGUACAAGUACAAACGGCGUCCUUGGAAGGUGGCUUUGUAGCAUUAGUUUGUAUAGUUGCCAUUUUAUAUUUGCUUUUUAACCUUUACCUUGUGAUACACAUGAUUGCGUGCAUGGGCAAUCGAAGGUUCGUGGAUAAUCGGUGGGUCCAGUGAUUUGUGCUACCCAGCCAGAACAGCUUUACGAUAAAGAACGUCAACUCAACCUAUGCAAGAAUUUCACCGAACGGUGAUCAGGAAGUAGAUGUUCCCUUCGGCGAAGAAGAAGAUGCAUAGUCACUACUAUUCGAUAUUGAUUCUGAGGACAGCGAUGACUGCGACGACACUUAUUUUUAGGAGUCAUAACAACAACAAAGCGCAUAACCAUGACUGUUCCAGCAUUAUCGGCUAGCAUCUUAGAAACACCUGCUGCUGCUUUGAUGGUUCCAAUAUUUUCACCCACAUGCAACAACUACUACUACUACUAAUGUUAGCUACAGUUAUGCCAAAGUAACAAUCAUACAUACAAAGUGACAACAGCCACAU